UUGAUGAACAUGGGAAUUAAAUUCAAUUUUCGUCUUCAAUUAAUCAAAAUUUACAUUUACUGAAUUAAUUUUCGCAUUUUAGCAGUUUUUUAAAAUCCACCCUGAAUUCCAGACAACUAUUUUUUAUUUGCUAAUACUCUUACAACGCACGCGCAGAACAUCUAUCGCCCGAAAUUUCCCAGCGCCAUAUUGAGAGGCGGACGUUGUAUGACUUGAGUGAUUAAUCGUGGUUAGUGCAAUAAAUUGAAGUGGAACAGUUGAUCGUGCCCUAUGGAUAUACAUUUGGGAGUGGUGUGCCUCGGUUGAAAGGCCUGCCGAAAGGACAGGGCUCCGCGCGCGAGGACGGAUUGCGGCCCUCCGCUCUGAGGAAUCAUGGAGUGUUGCAUGUCAGAAGAAGCCAAAGAACAGAAAAGAAUCAAUCAAGAGAUAGAGCGGCAACUCCGAAAGGACAAACGCGAUGCCAGGAGAGAACUCAAACUGCUACUGCUUGGUACUGGCGAGUCCGGCAAGUCAACAUUUAUCAAGCAGAUGAGAAUCAUCCAUGGCUCCGGCUACAGCGACGAUGACAAGCGUGGAUUCAUCAAACUCGUUUACCAGAACAUCUUCAUGGCGAUGCAGAGUAUGAUACGAGCGAUGGAUCUUCUUAAAAUACAGUACGGGAAUCCGUCCAACGCUGAGAAGGCAGAGUUGAUAUCAUCAAUCGACUUUGAGAGUGUUACAACGUUCGAGAGCCCGUAUGUGGAGGCGAUCAAGGGCCUAUGGGCCGACUCCGGCAUCCAGGAGUGUUACGAUCGCAGGCGAGAAUACCAGCUCACCGAUUCAGCCAAAUACUACUUGCAGGAGAUAGACCGCGUGGCGGCUCCGAAUUAUUUACCAACUGAACAAGACAUCCUCCGCGUGAGAGUGCCCACAACGGGCAUUAUAGAAUAUCCGUUUGACCUGGAGGAGAUAAGAUUUAGAAUGGUGGACGUCGGGGGCCAAAGAUCCGAGCGAAGGAAGUGGAUUCACUGUUUUGAAAAUGUCACAUCUAUCAUAUUCUUAGUAGCUCUUAGUGAAUAUGAUCAAAUUUUAUUCGAAUCUGAAAACGAGAAUCGAAUGGAGGAGUCAAAGGCUUUGUUCAAGACGAUCAUCACGUACCCAUGGUUCCAGCACUCGUCGGUGAUCCUCUUCUUGAACAAGAAGGAUUUGCUCGAGGAGAAGAUCAUGUAUUCCCAUCUAGUGGACUACUUCCCAGAAUACGACGGUCCCCAGCGCGACGCCAUCACGGCGCGCGAGUUCAUCCUGAGAAUGUUCGUUGACCUCAACCCCGACGCCGAGAAAAUCAUCUAUUCGCAUUUUACCUGCGCGACAGAUACUGAGAACAUCCGGUUUGUGUUCGCCGCGGUCAAAGACACAAUCCUACAGUCCAACCUAAAGGAGUACAACCUCGUCUAAGCGAAACCACCUGGUCACUGACACAAAUCUGUGAUUGUGUAAAACACAUAAUUUAAACAUCAUCACUUCACGACAGAAUGUGUAAAUUCACGAACUGAGAUCAGACGAAGUUUUCAUCUAAAAAAAUGAUUUAAAAAAAUAAGUAUAGAUUGUAAGUCAUUUAACCCAAACUAGGAUCGGGGCCGGCCCGCCCCGUCCACGGAUCGCGCGACGCGCCAGGUUUUUUGACAUGUUUUUUUAUGAUGAAGUUAUUCACAAUUUAUGUAAGUGUCUGUAUCAGUGAAUAUUAAAUUGUGCAUUUUAAAGUUAUGGUGAGUCUUGGCCUUACCAUGAGCUGCUUUUAGUCAUUGUUUUAGGAUUUUUGUAAAGUUUGUUGCCAUAUCUUUCUACAUUAGUAUACAUUUUUAUUGUGUCCAGACGGAUUUGAACAAACUAGUCCAAUAAACUUAUGCGUAUUUUAUCAACCUCGUGGGUCGAGACAGUUGUUGCUGUUCUAUCGACGAUGAUGUAGUAGUUCGUGGGAGCCUCGUCAUAGUUUCGAUGUCGGUAUCGAUGAGGCGGCGCACGUCUCGAACCCUCGACGCGCCCGGGCCGCGUGUCCCGGGCCCGCUACCUCGCCGACUGUCUCUAUACAGAUAUCAAUAUAACAUAAUAAUAUAUCACUACCGUUUGUUCUGUUAGCUUGGAAGAUUUAUAUAUUUAUUAUUGUAUUUAAAGAUUACGUUACUUUUGUACAUUGGAAUUUUAUUAUUUAAGCUGUUUAUAUUUAAAGAUGGUGUUUUUCUACACGAAUUGACGUCAAGCAAAUGAUUUAUGUUAACUGUAGGCUUUAUGUAUGCGAUGGUCUGGUGUAUUUGGUUUUUUUCCUAAUGUGUACGAAAAUUCCAAUCAGCUAGCCGUACGUGAAAUAUAGGAAGUUAACUACGUUAGUUGUUUAAGGACAUUUUUGAUGCAUUUGAUAUAAACUUUUUUUACUAGAAACCCAAGGGAAAUACCAAUAAAGCGAACGUGAAAAGUAAAUGUAAAAACCGAAUCAGAUGUUUUUUGCACGAAAGCUUUUACCACAUGAAUGUAAUAUAUUGUACAUUUGGGUCUAAAUGUGUGUGAAUAAUUGAGCUGACAGUGCAGUGCCAAGUUUUGCUAUUGGCAUUCUUUUAUAUUAUAAACUUAAGCACAAAUAUACAUACGUUUAUAAAUGUUUUCCAUAUUUUAUAGUUCUAUCAUUCUAUGCUUAAUUUAGUGUGUUGUGUUACUUUAGUUAUUUAUGUAUAGUAAGAAACAAAGUUUCUAUUUUGGUAUGUAACAUAAUAUUAACUUAUUCGUUGUUGUGUCAUUAUCAUUAUUUUUUAUACAUUUUAAGCAUAUCGAUUUCUUCAAUGUAAGCACACCGUGACAAACUGACCUGUCAAUAGCAAAACUGUAUGCUUUUUUUAAUAUACAGCUGUCUGAAAUGCUCAAAAUAAUGUGAAAUAUAAUAACUUAUCGCACAAACUUUGUAAUUGAUGUAAUAACCCACUGAAGUGCAAUCUCUGUGUAUGCCCUGUACAUAGAAACUAUAUUUCUUUUGUGCAAUUGUACAGCAAUAUUGUGAAUUAGUUUGGGCCCGGCGUGGUAACCGCGCGCGUGACGACGCGCUGAGGCCACACACGACUCUGUGCUUUAUAAUCAUGCGAAUAGAUCAGUAUUUUCCAUUCGCCGCUUUAUUCGUAAAGCGGUAGUAAGGAGCAGUGCGUUCUCUUGAAAUUCGUAACUGAUCGUCUGGGCGCGUGUAUUCCUCCGGCAUUUAUCUUUGGAGAUGAUUUAAUCCCGCCCAGCACGCGAAAUCGGAAUGUUAGCUAAAACAAAACUAAACACAGCACAAAAUGAGCAGAGGUCAAAAUCCGCUAAACGACUCGAUUUAUGUCGGCUCCUCUUUCGCUCAAGCCGUGCAGGCGGUAUGGGUGAGGGAGACGGACAGUUUUUCGGAGGCUGCCUCUAAUAUUGGGUACUAGCAGUAGAGUAGGCGCGUGUCGUGGCCGCGCGUCGCCGCGCCGACGCCGCGGAUUCGUAUCUUCCUUACGAAUGGACUGAAAUUCAUGUAUUGGAGAUUCUGUUUAUUUUUACGGUUGGGCGAUGACUACAGAAUAUUGCUAUAACUAUAUUAUAGUCUAACGUUGCUUUACCUUUUGCGUGAGAUUGUGAGAAUUUUAGCUUAAGUUCCGACUGAAGAUGGAUGCCUGUAUGAAAUAUUGUAAAUUAUAAUUUCUCAUAAAAUAUAAUUUUUUUCAGCUAAA